GAAAUAGUUGAAGCAAAAUUAAAGGCAGAUUUUUUUCGCAAUGCAAUAGAAAUAGAAUAUAACUUACUCAUUAAAGAAUUAUUAGAAUCAAGUUUCCCUAAUUUUUUAAACAUAAAAGGCAAAGCAAUUUUAGACUUG